GUACACACAGUUGUUAUGUCGGCGUUUGUGGAGACACACGUAGACAAUAAAAACAAUAGUGAAGUGCAUAUCAUCGAUGUAGACGAGGACACAGAUCGAAUUAUUGAUACAAUUUUAAAUAAAGAACAGCCAGUGAUAGAUGUCAGUAAGAAAAAAACAUCGGUCACAUUAGACAUGGACGGAACAGUUACAAAUUCAAAACCUGGAUCAACUAAUAUGGCUGAUGCGGUCCGCAAAGCUCGCGAUGCCUUCAACCGUGGUGUGACCAAACCAGUGGAAUGGAGACGGAAGCAACUGAAGGCUUUAAAGCGACUGUAUGAGGAGAACAGGCAGGCGAUGGUCGAUGCACUGCGGCAAGACCUACGCAGAAGCAAGACGGAAGCGAUACUUCUUGAAGUUGAUUACUUAAUCAAUGACCUCUCCAACACCAUACACUGUUUGGAUGAAUGGAUCAAGCCCGAGAGGCCGUCAAAGGGCUUCGUGAAUCUCUUGGACGACGUAGUGAUACACAACGACCCCUACGGCGUGGUGCUGGUUAUAGGCGCGUGGAAUUACCCACUCCAGUUGCUUCUGCUGCCAAUGACCGGCGCAAUUGCUGCCGGCAACGCCGUCAUCGUGAAACCGAGCGAGGUGGCCGUCGCAUGCAACAAAUUCAUCGUCGAGACCUUACCCAAAUACUUGGAUAGCGACGCUGUAGUGGUAGUGGAAGGCGGUCCGCAAGAAACGACGGAGCUGCUAAAAGAGAAGUUCGACUACAUCUUCUAUACUGGGAGCACGAGUGUCGGAAAGAUUGUAUACGAAGCGGCCACUAAGAACUUAACGCCUGUUACACUCGAGUUGGGAGGAAAAAGCCCGGUAUAUAUCGACAACACAGUGGACAUUGUGGUGACAGCGAAACGCAUACUCUGGGGUAAAUUCAUCAACGUGGGCCAGACUUGCAUCGCGCCUGACUACAUACUGUGCACCAAGGAGGUACAAGCCAAGUUCGUGGAAGCCUCCAAGAAAGUGCUUAAGGAAUGGUACGGUGAAGAUCCACAGAAGUCACCGGAUCUAUGCAGGAUCAUCAACCUUAGACAUUUCACACGACUUCAAGCAAUAUUAGACAACAGUAAGGACAAAAUAGCCGUCGGCGGUAAAUAUGACGCUCAGGAUAAGUACAUUGAACCGACCAUUUUGGUCGACGUCUCCCCCACCGACAAAGCAAUGGAGGACGAGAUUUUCGGCCCCAUAUUACCGAUUGUGCCCAUCGAGAAUGCGUAUGAAGCUAUCAAAUUCAUUAACGAAAGAGAGAAGCCGCUAGUAUCCUACGUGUUCACGGAGAACAAGAAGGCGCUUGAGAAUUUCGUUAAGAACACCACUAGCGGAGGAAUGUGCAUUAACGACACGGUUAUGCAUAUGUCAGUUGAAACUCUGCCUUUCGGCGGUGUUGGAUACAGCGGCAUGGGUGCUUACCAUGGAAAAGCGACGUUUGACACGUUCACCCACAAGAAGAGCUGUCUAGUUAAGAAUUUCGCAGUAAUUGGUGAAAAACUGGCUUCUAAUCGCUACCCACCGUACUCUGAUAGCAAACUCAACUUUGUAAUGGCACUGAUGCGCAAGAGACAUACUCCAUCAUUGAAGUUCCUGCCAUAUCUGGUAGCGUUCGCCUUCGGAGCCGGUCUCACAUACGGAAUUGUUGCUUGGAAUAAGAUUACUUCGGAAGAUUUGUAAUUCCUGUGACUGAUGUUAGACUACCUCGGAAUGCCUUACGUGUAUGGAUUGUGAUAAUAUAAAAUUAUUUACCAUAAUUUUAUACUAUAGGUGUCUAAGCAAAAUUUUUGAAUUAUUUUCUUAUGAUGAAAAUGCAUUUAUUUUUACUAUUUCUUUUUAAAUAUUUUUGUGGUGUAUAACUACUGUAUUAUCCUUAUUCUGUAUUGAAUUAAUCAUUGUCCUAUUAAUAUUUCAAUUGUAAAAAACUUUAUAUUAAAUAGGUACCUACUGGUCGAUUAUGGUAAUCGCGAAAUAUAAAUACUUAGUAUGUAUUAAGCCCCACAUACACUAUCAGUCGAUGUUUUUAAAUGAACUACGGAUCUCGCAUGUGUGGCAAUAUAAAAAAAUGAAAGAUAGAAUAUAAAAUUAUUAUCGUUUUAAUUGAUCAAUUUAAUAAAUUUCUCCGUGUAUGACGGGCAUUAAACAUUCCAGAUAUUCAUGUGAUUUUUAAAUUUUUGGCAAUAUAUUCAAAACCAGACUGAAAAUUAGUUUCAGUAUAUUGUCUAUCUACAAAUAAACUUCAAAAGAACAUUGUAUGGGCUUGUUUGUUACAAUAUAUUUUAUAUACCAUAUAUUUUUAAACUCACAUUCUAGCAAUAAUUCUAUCAAAUUAUGAUUAAUCAGUUGCUGAACUGCAAUCCCUGCGAUUUCUUAAUGAAUCACCGUAAAUUGUAUGUUCAGUUUUUGCGGUAUUAAAAUUGUUGUAUAUCACCAUCAUAUCAGCUGUUAAUUGUCCAUUGCUCUCUCCUGGUGGGUUUUGUAGUAGUUGUCAUGCUAGGCAGGCAAGUUGGCAAUUAAGCUUGGUGAUGUUUUAAAUGAGACACUAAUGCGUAACUCUUGACCAUUAUUAAAUUCCCUUACUCGCCUCUUAAGAAACCCUCGGGAAAGUAAGGUCUGGCCCAAUUUAUGCCGGAACCACAUAUAUAUGUAUAUUCAUAGACAAAGUAUUUUAUUUUUCUAACUAUAGUUUGGCUUUUCUAAGUAUAAAAAAAAAUUUCAACAUUCACACCAUUAUCUAUUACAAGAUUGGAAACUGAGUCACUUCAAGCAGAUAAAUAUGACCAGUGAAAAAAAUGCAAUAUAUAUGAUCUUUCUUUGCUGUGUUCUUAAUAUUAUAAAUAAAAAAAAAAUACCUCUUCUAUGAUUACUAAGUUAUCAGGAUUAUGUUGGUAUGGAUCAAAGUCUAAAUCCGAAGGGAGCAGCCACUAUGACUAAUGUUAAGUAGUGUUUAUUGCAAUAUUUGUAUUUUUAAUUAUUUAUUGGGGAAAGGCAAUUUUAUAUAUUGGAAUUGGUAUUGCGUGUGUUUAUCGUUUAUUAAUCUCUUUGUUGUUCGACGAAAUAAAAGUUUUUUCGUGAUAAGUAGAUAUGUUUUAAAAUUUGUUAAAAACCCAACAAUGCAAUGAAAUAAAUAUUUUAUUAUUACAAUGUU